GGGUUUGUUUCACAUUUUUUUGUGAGUUGACCUUUGAGAUGUCCGCAGUGGCUCAGUUUAUCAAAAAAUACGGUGUUUAAUUUCUUUAUCCAAUGCCCCAUUGAAAUGCUGCUCCAAGAAUCAGAGAAAUUGAAGAACAGGCGAACCCAGCUAAAGAUAGGGAUGAUGGAUUGGUGGGUUUCCAUGCCAAAGCUGGAACUUCACGCGCACCUUAAUGGCUCUAUCAGGAACUCCACUCUAUUGGAGCUAGCCAAAGAAUUGGGGGAGAAAGGGGUAAUUGUUUUCUCAGAUGUGGAACAUGUUAUACUCAAAAAUGAUCGUUCACUUUAUGAAGUAUUCAAAGUGUUUGACUUGAUUCAUGUUCUUACCACAAACCACAAGACUGUCACCAGAAUUACCAAAGAGGUAGUUGAAGAUUUUGCUGCAGAGAAUGUUGUAUACUUGGAGCUAAGGACAACUCCUAAGAGAAAUGAUUCAAAAGGAAUGACAAAAGCGUCCUACAUGGAAGCAGUCCUGGAAGGAUUAAAGGCCGUCAGCACAGUUGAUGUUGAUAUUCUUCAUGAUUCAGAUGUAAAAAGCCAUCUUAAUGCUCAUACGCAAUGUGGUGGUGGGAUAAAUGGAACACAAAGAAAGAAGAUUUAUGUUAGACUUCUUCUGAGUAUAGAUAGGCGUGAGACCACUGAAGCUGCUAUGGAAACUGUUAAGCUUGCUAUGGAGAUGAGACAUUUAGGGGUAGUGGGUAUUGACCUCUCAGGCAAUCCUGUUAUUGGUGAAUGGUAAGUUACUAUUAUUUGUAAGAGAUUCUUUGCAAGCAUUGUUGUUGAGGCCAAUUUGGUAAGUAACUAUUAUCUGUUGUAUACUGGGUUUGUGCCUUGUGGGUGCCGCUGUCUUGAUCCAUUUCACCAUCCUUCAAUUGUCCAACCUGACUUGGGUUGAGGGGAGUGUCUUGAGUACUUAACCUCUACAGUCUAGUAUGUAAGUGUGAGGAAAACGUUUCUACCAGCGCUGGAGUUUGCUAAAGAAAUGGGACUCUUAAUAACUCUUCACUGUGGAGAGUGCUUUUUUAGGUGCCAAACCCCAAAGAAAUCAAUGAAAUGCUAGAUUUUCUACCGGAAAGAAUUGGCCAUGCUUGUUACCUCAAAGAAGAGGAGUGGAAAAAACUGAAGUCCUCUAUGAUUCCGGUUGAAAUUUGUUUGACGUCCAACAUCACAACUGGAACCAUCUCUUCGUUGGAUGUUCAUCAUUUCGCUGAUUUGUACUAUUCUAAGCACCCGAUCGUGUUGUGUACUGAUGAUAGUGGUGUUUUCUCUACCACCGCAUCUCGUGAAUAUGACAUUGCCUCUUCUGCAUUCGGUAUAGGAAAAAAAGAGAUGUUUGAGCUGGCAAGGAAUGCCAUAUGCUUCAUCUUUGCUGAUGAUGGAGUCAAACGAGAAUUGGAACAAAUAUUUGAUUUAGCUGCUGAGAGGCUUCAAUUCUGAAGGAAGAGGGGUUUUAUUUGGUUAAUUAGAAUCAUUAUUGGUUAUUGGUUGGUUCGGUUGUUUCAAUUUGGUUUGUGGUAUGUUGCCUUUUAAGAAGGGUGAAACCUUUAACCAUAUCAUAUCCCUCGAGUCAUUUUCGGUCACUUUCGGUUGGUUACUUUCGUGCAGUUUGUAUUGAUUUUAGUUGUUUUAGUCAAUUCAGUCCGUUUUAAAGUCAAAAUCAUAAGCCGUAAACAGAAUUGUUCAUCCCUAAUGUGUGUGUAUUGAGUUUUUUCUCUGUAAUAUUACUGCAAUGCAGUUCAUGAACAAAAGAUCAGGAAAAAAUCACUUGUACAUGCCAUUUUACACAUUUUUAUGCACGC